AUGUCAUGUGCCAUUAGGAACAUCUUAGUGGCAGUGACUGUUGGACAAACUCUAGUGGGUGGGUUCACCAAUGGCUUCAUUGUUCUGGUCAAUUUCAUGAACUGGGUCAAGACGGGAAGAGUGUAUUCAAUGGACUUAAUUCUCAUCACUUUGGCCAUUUCCAGGAUUAUUUUAUUGGGGUCAUUCACAACUAUAAUCAUAGUACUUAAUUUCUUUUUCGAUGCCUAUGUCUCUGGUAAGUUGAGAUAUAUAGAACCUUUCUGGAAUUUGAGCAACCACUUAAAUGCCUGGUUUGGCACGUGCCUCAGCUUAUUCUACUUCCUCAAGAUUGCCAACUUUUCCCAUCCUGCCUUCCUCUGGCUGAAAUGGAGGGCUAACAAAGUGAUCCUCAGAAUGAUUUUCAUCUGCUUCCUCAUUGCCUUAUUUAUCAACAUUCCAUUAACAGAGAAAACGAGAGAAAUCUAUAAAAUCUAUGCUGAGCAUGGAAAUAUGACAAAUGGAACUCACAAAAGACUAACCACAAGAAGCCAUGAUUUUUUCAGUCUGGCUCUCUACUACCUAGGGGGUUUUGUCCCCUUCAUUGUCUCCCUUAUUUCAUGCUUUUUGUUAGUCUUCUCCUUAUGGAGGCAUACUCGACAGAUGCAGGGGAAUGCCACAACCUCCAGAGACUCCAGCACAGAGGUCCACAAGAAGACUAUAAAAUCUAUUGUCUUUUUCCUUUUUCUCUUUCUAUUAUAUCAUGUAGGCAUCAUCACGGGAAUCUUGAAUUACAUUUUUUUUGAAAGUAUUUUACCUUCCUUGUUUUCAAUGACAAUAACUGCCAUCUACCCCUUGGCCCACUCUAUCAUCCUGAUCAAGAUGAAUAACAAGUUAAGGCAGGCCUUCCUUAGGAUUCUCUGGCAACAUUGCCCCCAAAGGAUCUGGAAAAGUUUUUGUGACAUAGGUUAA